AUGUUCUUGGUGGUAAAUUACGGUAAGGAAAAAAACUGGCGGCGUAAUGUUCCGGAUAUUACUACUCACCAGAUCGUGCUGCUGCCGGAGCCCCUGUGGACGACUAACGACAAGGAAACCAAGUACAACCCGCUGGCUUUCCUCGAGAAUGAGGGAUUUACGACCCAGGAGGACUUCACCGCCUGGCGCAAGGAGAACGGCUACAAGUCGCUGCGUGAUUUCAUGGACAGGGCCAAGUACGACGUCACCAGCGGCGCCGACUUCUCCUGUGGCUUCACCGACCCCAAGGGCACCCCUCAGCCCAUUCCGGAAGGUAACAAGAUGCGCUCUACCGGCUACACCCACGACGGCCCGUGCGAGGUGUGGCUCGACGACACGAUGGUGCUGGAUGGCGACAACUGCCACGAGAAGUUCCCGGGCAAGGACUACACGGUGGACUACUCAUCGUGCAAGGGCACGUGCACGCUUCGCUGGUACUGGCUGGGAGUGCGUUUCUUGAAGAAUGACUACUCGUGGCAGGUGUACAAGGCUUGCAUCCCGCUGACGUCGGGAUCAAUGGCGUCGACUGGAUCGCAGAAGAAUCUGCGUGACUGA